AUGGCGACCCAUUUCUCCAGCUCCGCCAGCAUAUUGCUCAUACAGAGCAUAUAUGGAUCCUGGAACAGCAACUGGCUGCUGGCGCCGGUGGAGGCGGCGCUUAACGCGUCGCGGACGGUCACGCUGAACGACCUUCCAAACGCGACAAUGCCACUCAAAGAAUCGGCCAUCGACGGGCCUAUUCAAGGCGCACUCAAGGAUAAUGAAGUCAUGUUCCCAAUGUACAAGUUGGAGCAAUGUAGCACGUACGACUACAUCGGCAUGGAUUUCCCCCGGGGAAGGCCACAAUGCAAUUCGCAGGACCAUGACCACGACGACGACUUUGACCUGGUGGACGGGAUAAUAGCAUCCUCCUCCACUUUGCACGGGAGUCCAUACGCGUCAAAUAUACGCUUCCGGCAGUGCAAGGUCGAGGCAACCGACCAAGGGGAUACGGUGGUAAUCACGGACGGGGUCAUAUAUGACGUUACCAAGAUGAUGUUUUACAUCAAUGCGCAGCUGUCGAGCGCCGCUGUCGCAGCUAUUUUCGCGUACCUUGCAAUCACACUGUGUGGGUUGUACCGUUUCAUAGAGCUGUUGCGGGACUACGCACAUGGAUGUACGUGCCGUAUAUGCCGGCGGGAGUUCAGGCUGGUGCGGCCCAUCGAGGGCGGAGCGAACGGGAAAAUACAUCUCGCGCGAUUCGUGGGUGCGAAGUGCAACUUCGACCUCGAGGUGAUACUGAAGAGCAUACCCGUGGGGGACGUGUCUAGCAUAUCGGUCACGCAGGAAGAGUGCCGCAAGCUGCUCAGCCUGAACCACAGGUACGUCAUGAAGUACUACGACGACUUCAUCCACCGCGAGUGGGGAUGGAACCCGCUUGGUCGCGCCACGCUGUACUGUGUCAUCGUGACGGAGUUUUGCGAACGCGGAAGUCUGGCCGACCUCAUCGAGCAGGAGUACGACACCUUCACGGAGGAGUACAUCGUCACCUUGUUCAAGAAAAUCGCAAAGGCGCUCAAGUACAUCCACGAGCAAUCGGUAAUACACCGAGACAUCAAAAGCCCCAAUAUCAUGUUGAAAGCAAAUAAUGUAGUACGACUUGGUGAUUUCGGACUGUCGGACACCUUCGCGACGAAAAGGUCACGGAGGCAAGCACGCCGUGUCAACAUACUCGAAAUAGCGGCCAAAACUAAGAUCAAUGCUAACCGGAGGGCCAAAGCGCCCAUGGAAAGCCAUGCGGAUAGCUCACCGUCAAGCGUGUCACUGUCGACGCCAAGUCAAAACACGGAUAGUGAUUGCAAAGGCCCUUCAACGCCGAAGAACGAUAAAUUCGUCACCUACAGCAACGUGGAAGAUGCGUCAUCAACCAAUACGUCUGUAGGGCGAGGUAUGCACAGCGACGGGGAGACAACGUACGAGCUGUCAGAUUGGGUCUCGCCGUUCAGCUCAGGAGAACUCGAUGAUUGUGCAGACACCGCGGCAGAGGAUCACGAUGUUCCAAACCCGGUGAUAAAUGCCACUAGCUGCCGUCGCGAGAAGACGCAAAGCACACUGGCCUUCUACGAGGAAGGCUCCUCCAACCAGAAGCCCAUAGGCACACAUUGCUACAUGGCCCCGGAGAGCAUCAAAAAGUGCGUCUAUGGCAGGGCAGGCGACAUCUGGGCUCUGGGCUGCGUGCUAUUGGAGAUGUGUAGCGGUGUGUUUAUGUGGGAGCUGACUUACAACCUCGGCGAAUGCCCCGAAAACGUCCCUAUACUCGUCUCGCAGCUGCCACCAAUGAUCUCCAGGAGCACGAGAGUGCUAAUUUCCAGGAUGCUGUCGGUAGAUCCGAAACUGAGGCCUUCAGCAGCUCAGGUGCUCAAGUCGCCUGCCGUCAAAGGAAUCACGUCCAAUCGUGCAACGCAGGAUCCGAGAUGA